AAUGGCUCAGAGCUCAUCAUCGAAAACGGGUUCACACAGUAACCUAAUGGCCAGCGGAAGUAGUACUCCAAUACGUAUUGGCAGUUACCAUGGUCAUGUAUCGUCGAGUGGUGGCAAUGAUUCGCCCACCCCCAUGAUGCAUCAUCAUCAGCAGCAGCAACAACAAUCACAACAACAACAGCAGUCGAGUAGUGUUCCAGCAUCUGCUGGACAUUUGGGUCAAAGUUCGGCUUCUUUAAAUAUGGGCCCAUCCACCACAAAUCAACAUCAUUCGCAGCAGCAGCAACAACAACAGCAGCAACAAACAUCCUCUACAGCUGUUAUGAGUUCCAGUGUUACCCCACCAAAUAGUGCUGGUUUACGUCAAUCGGGAGCCUUUGAAUUCAAAUUCAUGAGACGACCAUCGUUAAAAACUGCCCACUUGCCCAAAUUGUCAUCGACCGAUAGUUUAAGCUACAGCCCCGGUCCAUCAUCACCAGGCCUCGCCAAUUGGACAUCGGACAGUCGUGACAAAUACGAUGGCAAUCAAACCGAUAAGACACCAGCCGAUUCAUCGAAACUUAAUCGUAAAGAAUCAUAUAAGGCUCAACGUAAAAAUUACCGACGCGAAAAGAAACGUGUUGCAUCGGAGCUAUUAAAUUCUCUUCAGGAUCCUGCUGUAAUUGUCUUGGCAGAUUGGCUUAAGGUUCGAGGUACCCUAAAAUCGUGGACAAAACUAUGGUGUGUCCUAAAGCCGGGCUUAUUGUUACUUUACAAAAGUCCAAAGGUGAAAAGUAGCCAUUGGGUCGGUACAAUACUGUUGACAUCCUGUCAAGUCAUUGAGAGGCCAAGCAAAAAAGAUGGAUUCUGUUUUAAACUCUUUCACCCCUUGGAACAAUCGAUUUGGGCACCAAGAGGACCCGACAAGGAGACCAUUGGAGCUGUGGUCCAACCCUUGCCAACAGCUUAUCUCAUCUUUAGAGCUCCCAGUCAGGCGGCGGGUAAAUGUUGGAUGGAUGCCUUAGAAUUGUCUCUGAGAUGUUCCGGUUUACUACUACGUUCGAAUUCUUCACCCGGACCCAAUCAACAACCCGGUGCAAUAGAGGCUUCAAUUUCCCAUGAAACUCAAUGGUCUGAGGCCGAUUAUGAAAAGCAUUUCAAUGAUCAAGUCGAUUCUCGACUUUUUACUUAUUUACCUCUAGAUUUGGAUGCCGAUAGUCAAACCGAGGCACCAGCUGGCAUUAUGUCUGGCAUUGACACCGAUUCCGAUUCGGAUGGUAAUGAUAAUGCUGUCGAUAAUCAAUUGCAAGUCAUUGAUAAUGAGGAGCCUGUUGAGACGCCAUAUAUUCCGGCACCGGAAGAAGAAAUCAAUGCGACAAGCGGUGAACAAGUCGAAGAAUUAGCCGAAGAGAAUAAAAGUUUAAUUUGGUGUUUGGUAAAACAAGUCCGUCCAGGUAUGGAUUUAAGUAAGGUGGUAUUACCUACUUUUAUAUUAGAGCCACGUUCAUUUUUGGAUAAACUAGCCGAUUCAUAUUAUCAUGCCGAUAUUCUAUCAAGAGCUGUCCUUGAAGAUGAUCCCUUCACCCGCAUGAAAUUGGUUGUACAAUGGUAUCUUUCGGGGUUCUAUAAAAAACCCAAAGGUCUCAAAAAACCCUACAAUCCCAUUUUGGGUGAAACCUAUCGCUGCUAUUGGGAACACGAGAAUGGCAGUCGCACUUACUAUAUUGCUGAGCAGGUCUCACAUCAUCCACCAAUAUCGGCAUUUUAUGUUACAAAUCGCCAAGAAGGUUUCUGCAUUAGUUGUUCCAUCUUGGCCAAAUCGAAAUUUUACGGCAAUAGCACUUCAGCGGUGCUAGAGGGUGUGGCUACGCUAACUCUAUUGCCACGUGGCGAAAGUUAUACACUAACCACACCUUAUGCCCAUUGCAAAGGUAUUCUCAUGGGUACUUUAUCUAUGGAACUGGGUGGCAAGAUAAAUAUCGAAUGUGAGAAUACGGGCUACAAGACGGAACUGGAAUUCAAGCUGAAACCUUUUUUGGGCGGUGCUGAUAGUACGAACGUGGUUGCGGGUAAAAUUCGCCUGGGCAAAGAAACAUUGGCCACAAUUUCGGGUCAUUGGGAUGCUGAGAUGCGUAUAAAAGAUACGAAAUCGGGUGAAGAUUCAAUACUAUUUGCAGCGAACAAGGAUACAAUGAAGAAACGUUUGAAACGUUAUGUGGUGCCCAUUGAAUCACAAUUUCCCAAUGAAUCGGAACGUUUGUGGAGUUUGGUUUCAGCCGCCAUUAGACGUGACGAUCAAGUUGGUGCUACCGAAGAGAAGACCGUACUUGAAGAGUCACAGCGUAAUGCGGCCAAGGAACGUAAGGCGACACUUACCGAAUGGGAACCAAAACAUUUCCAACAGGAUAUAAUGACAGGAAAGUGGAUUUACAAAUAUGCCGAUCUUCGACCCUGGGAUCCACGUAACGAUGUCAAACAAUACGAAUGGGAUUAUAAGGUAUUAACCAAGACCCGUCAUCAAGCACCCAUGGUACGAACAUCGAGCAUUGUUAGUGUCGAUCCAAUGCAUGUGAUACGCAAUUGUGCUUCGGAACAAAGACAAUCAUCGUUGGCCAUCAUGAAGGCCAAACGUAAAAAUAAGAAAUUAUCUAAACUAUCAUCAAAUGAUCCAAAUAAUUCAGAUUCAAGUCAAUCACAAGAUGAUCUAAAUGAUCAAGGUGUAUCAUCACACACUGUCAGAAAAUUGAUGUUAGCUGUUGAUCAGUUGAACAGUGCUCUAGACGAUCACAAACGACAACUGGUAAUGAUCAAUGCCAAAUUGGAACGUUUACAAUAUGCACCACCCCAUCACAGCGAACAUUCGUCAUCGGUAUGGGGUGUAAUAACACGAUCGAUACCACAGCCAUUGGUCAUACGAGCUUUAGCUUAUGCAUUUGCAGCUUUAUUAGUAAGCCUUUGCCUAAAGUGGCUUUUAUACUAGUUAACAUUAUUCAACUAAAUCUAACUAAGAUAAUAAAUUAAAAACCUACACACACAUG